AGUGGAGGGAAGAGUGUCGUGUGUCACCGCCACGUUCCGCGAAGACGAGCCGCGGCCUGCAGUGCGCCUGUGUGCCGGGGCGACUUCAAUUCUCUUCCGGGUCGCCCCGACAAUCGCGCUGGUGCGACUGUGCACACAGGCAAGACGAAAGUACGCUCGCGCUGUGCUGCUGGGUCUCGGCAACAUUUUGGACCGAGAGAGAGUUUGGCCAAACUUUUUCAAGUCGGAGGUAAAACCCUCCCCGUUGUCUCGGUCUCGGGGUGUGCAUGCAAUCUUCACUUUUCCACCCAGAGCGGGAUGACAGGGAUGAAGAACCGGAGGUGGAUGUAAAGCUUCAGAGUUUUGUGGAGUGAAGGACAGCACAACAACAGUGAAGUUCGGGAGAAGUCGUCGUCGUUGCUGUCACGGUUUCCUGUCAUGGCGCUGACUGGGAACAAGGGUGUGCCGCAGACAAACACUUGAGUUAGUGGUGUGCACCAUGGUGUGGUGUCGCUGUGCAGGUGACUGUGUUCGUCCCAUGGCGGUGUUACCAGGUGCCAGCUGAAAAAUUGCGACAAUGUUUGGAUUAUGGACUGCCGUGACCCUGUCGUCUGCUUAUCUUCACUAAUUACAGAAGUCAGUUAAAUUCUCACUGAAAUGUCGUCGUCUGAUAACCUUACCUCCAUCUCGACAACACCCACAACCACUCUGGCGUCGAGUGUCGAAACCACGCAGUACACUGCAGUGACUGGUAAACCAGUCUGCAGGUUCGGACAAUGAUAAAAUCAUCGGGAUUUGUGUGGAGUCAUCAGCUCUGUCGUCGUGAUUGUGAUCAUCAUCAUCGUCAUCUGUUUUGUAUGGAGACGGAGGCGCAACAAGAAGUCGGACAAGAAGGCAUCGCCUCCCUCGCCUCCCUCGGCCGACGAUCUCCAGCCCCAGCCCCAGCCCCAGCCCCAGCCACCGUCCCAGAUGGCGGUCGAGCGGAAGCCCAAGUCUCGGCCCCAGCAUGCACUGCAGCCGCCGUUGCCCUCCAUCAGCUCCAAUGAAGAGUCGUACAUGUCGGUGCCGGAAGGAUCGACGAAACGAGACCUAUGAGAUUGGGAGUACGGCGCCAUCCAUCAGGAACUCGUCCAGCAGCAUCGACAACGAGUACGAGAAUGCUCCGAAUCCGGCCCGCGACUCCAACUACGGCGAGUACAUCGUGCCGAUGGAGAACGUUCCGGACCAGGGGCUCGACUCGCCAAGAGCCAACCCCAGCAGCGACAACGGCUUUUACAUCGACAUGGAAUCCAAGCGACUUCAGGAAUCGCCCAGCCCGGAGUUCUACCAGAACCCAGAUCCACCACCACGUCCGUGUCUGUCUCGGGGGUACGUGAAUGUCUCUCAGGAGAAUGUUUCCCAGGACCAUUCGAGUACGACAGCCUUGCCGAGCUCGGGUAUCAUAAAACACGAGUCCGUUCAGACCAAACCUUUAGGAUCCCAGCAGCCUGUAGGAUCUAAGCGUCCGGAUCCUAUAGGUGCUGAGAACGGGGAAGUAAAGGAACCCCAGGAUACGAGAAGGUAUAAGAGGCAGGAGUCGGAUGGAGCCAAGAUCCAGGAAGAUCGUCUGAAGGUCCCCAAACAGGCAAUAUCUGCGAAGACAGCAGUCAUGGACAAAUGUGUUAAGCCAGUGGUGGCAGUCAAGCCAGGGGGUGGUAAUGGGGUAAAGAUUAACCCUAAACUGAAAAACAUCGCGAGUAAGUUUGACGAGACUGCCAAGUCAAACGGAGCAGUCGGACAGAAAGAGUCCCUUCUCACGAUGCACUCCUGGGAUAAGACUCCAACGCCUCAGAGUCCCAGGAAGGAUUCCACCACCGCUGGACAAGGGGACAGCGAUGAAGACAGCGACAUCGACUACGAGAAUGUGAACGACUAUCAAAACACUCCGUCGAAACAAGUAGAACCGAGGCGAAGUCCUGCCGGGGCUCCCAGGAAUUUAAAGGCACAUCCCGACAUUCACAAUCGCGAACAGAGACAGAUAAUUGGAAACAAACAGAAGAAAGGACCAGCGGUUGGGAGAUAACUCUGUCCUUACCCUGAUCUCCUUGGACCUCAACAAAAACGUUCAACCAUGGCGACGAGUAGUGACGUCACACUUGUGACCUUUACCCUUUACCUCUCCACCGAGCUCACGGGCUCCUGAAAUCACAGAUGCUGGCUGGAGUGUCUUUAGUGAAGCCAGUCUGAUGUAACAAGAGACCCGAGUAGGUGAUCAUGAAAAUACGUGGCAGUAACUUUGAUUGGAAGGAUGCAUCUUCGGAAAGCAGAUAAAAAUUUUUAUCCUGGGAAAAACAGUGACGUGUGGAAGACCUGUACAGUGGAAGUCUGUGAAGUGGGACUCGUGUGAAGUCAUCCUCAAUGUAUUCAUCAUCAUCAUCAUCAUCAUCAUCAUCAUCAUCAUCAUCAUCACCAUCACAUUAUUACUUCCAUCUGCUGCUCAUACCCAUUCUGUGCCUUUCAAAUAUCGCUUAAAAAUUUUAUUUUAUAAUUUUGAAACAUUUAAAACAUUUUGAAAUUCUAUUGUCAUUAGUGAUGCUGGAAUUAACUUUCGUGAAGAUAUUUCACUGAAAACUUCCCGACCAGAUAAAGGUCAAACAUCCGAAACAUCACGGAAGGAAAACAGGUUUGUCACGUGAUCUCGUGAGCACGGCCACGUGCACUGACUCCACCAAGAGUACAAUACAGUAAAGGAUAUAAAGAAAUAUGGACAUACUAUGGGAUGUGUUGAAUGUUACAUAUACACAAACAGCUUUAAACUUUCAGACGUUGGAAAUGUAAGGAGACAAAGAAAAGGGUCAUGAUCUCAAGAUUUGCUGGAGACAGCGUGGACAUUCUUCAGGUGAAUUGUGUGAAAGUUCGACGGAGUGUGCCGAUAGUUACUGAUCACAGUAGUACAAUAUUUUCUGUUUAGAAUAAGUGAGAGAAAGAGGGAGAGAGUGGUGUGUGUGAGUGUAAGAGAGGGGGUGUGAAGGAGAGGCGUCUGUGCGUGUGUGGUGUGUGUGUAAGAGUAGUCUGUUGGUGCGUGAAGACAGAUAAAAUAACGAGCCCUAAAAUUCAAUGUUUAGCCAAACAUUACAGCAGUUAUUUACAUAUUUACAUAACCAUCUAUUUCACCAGUAAGUGCAUGAAGUACGUCUACGUCCCUAUAGGCAAGCUCCUGGACCGUUACAAAUAAUGAAAAAAAAAAACAAAACUGUGAUCAAGGCUGCAAAUACUUUUUAUUUACAUCACUGUUAUAGACAUAGAGGUACGAAUCAUUUUUGCUGUGUAGUCUGCGGAAUGCCUCUUUGAAAAACCGUAAAUGUUAUUGUUUGACAUAAAUAGGGAAGCAGUGCGAAUCGCCGGUCUGAUACUGUCGAUACAAGUUUAACUUGUCAUCAUCCUUCAUGGGAUGCCGAUACACCUGCUUUCGUGUAUCGCUGUGGUCAAGUGCUUUACGGAUUGCAGAAAUAUUUUUCUGCGAAAAAGUGAUACCAAAGAAAAGAAAUUUCUUUCCCCCGAGACUACCAAACCAAUUUAAUUGUCGAAAAUGGCUGAUGCAGGAGUGAGCACCUUCUUCCAGAUGAAGAUGUUUAGGAA